GAGAGAGAGAGAGAGAGAGAGAGAGUUGAGGCUUAGAGCAAUGCAUAGACCGUGCCGCGGAGUUGCAUUGCCAUUACGCGCUGUUACGCACAGCUGCUUUGGAGAGGGGAGCCCGAGUCGCAGGAGGAGCGGAUUGUUUUUGCAGGAUUUCUCCCCUCACGCGCAUACGAUUGCUGGUUUGCCAUGCUGUUUUUGUUUGGAAUAAUGAUCACCAUGAUGAUCAACCCAUUGCGGGGAAGUUAGUUAAUAAAAAGGAAGAGGAGAGAAGUCUUUUUUUGCAGAACCGAUUGAUCUUUGGCACAGAGCACAGGAAUGGUGGAUCACCUCCCGCUUGGUGAGGAGACCUUCCUGUAUCAUACCGACUACCCGGGGUCGGGCUAUAAUGGCCUCUGUCACCACGCUAAUAGUGACACAUUGCCGGGCAUCAUGGUAACCGACGCGUGCAUCUACGAGCAUCACCACAACAACCGCUACCAAGGGAUGACUCUCUCCUCCUCCCGCCCCACCUCUGAGGAUGACCUCAGCGACUCCUCCAGCCCUCGUUCCUCCGUCUGCUCUAGCCCAGAGACUUCGUCACCUCCAUUGCGGCAUGUUCUUAGCGCCGGCUAUGAAUGCAGGUGCAGUAGGAGCAGCGGGAGCUGUAGCUCCUCGGGAGGAAUGAGUGAAGACAGCCUGCUUGACCUCCUACUCUCGCAAGCCUCCCUCCCUCGCAGUAGCUCUCACUCUUCAUCCUUAUCUUCCUCCCUAUCCUCCCUGUCCUCUCCAUCCCCAUCUGCCCCUUUAUUACCCAUGGGGCUGGCCUGGGAGUCCAAAAGGGAGCAGCGGCUGACUGUCCUCCAGCAGCACGCCAAAGACGAUUGCUACGAGUUCCCAGUCUUCCUAGACGGAAUGCAGGAUCCGGCUGCACUCCUCUUUCAACCCACCCUAGAGGAGAUUGAGGAGUUCCUCGAGGAGAACAUGGUGGUGGCAUUGGAGAAAGAAAAAGAGCGGAGCGAUGAGGGGAUGUCAGCAAUGCCAGAGAACAUUGAGGCAAAGGGUUCAAUGACUAUGGCAGGAGAACUAUUAUUGGAGUCACGGAAUUUGGAUCAGACUGUUCCUGUGGCUCAUUCUGCGCUCGCCUCCAACACAGAGACCAAAGAUGCCCCCUGUGCCUUGGACAUGGACAGCUUACCAUCAGCAGUGCAUUGUAGUUCUCCACGUAGUGUUGACGAGAUCAAACAUGAGGAUUGUAGCUCACCACCGGCCUCAUCGGAAGCAACCAACGCCUCCAGCGUGCCUGUCAUCCUACAAAUCCAGCCCAUCCAGAUCAAACAAGAACCCGCCCCGAGUGUCAUCUCAGAUGCUGUGACCCAGAAAACCCAACCCCAGCCAACCCAGGCCCUGUCAGACAUUAAAAUCGCCCAACUCCUGGUCAACAUCCAGGGACAGACCUUUGCCUUGGUGCCUCAGCUGCUUUCGUCGACAAACAUUAACAACUCAAGUAAGAAUUGGAGCACCAUCUCUCCCAAAUUUGUCCGGAUCGCGCCGGUACCCAUAGCCGCCAAACCAACUGGUCUUGGGGAAGGAGGGUUAGGCGGCGGAUCAAAUGCGGGGGUCCUCGUUGGAGGUCAGAGGUACCAGAAGAACGCAGCAGCGGACCUCAUUAAAAUGCACAAGUGCUCUUUUCCUGGCUGUAAUAAGAUGUACACAAAGAGCAGCCACCUUAAAGCCCACCUUAGGAGGCACACAGGGGAGAAGCCCUUUGCCUGCACUUGGCCCGGCUGUGGAUGGAGGUUCUCCCGGUCCGAUGAGCUCUCCCGCCACCGGCGCUCCCACUCGGGAGUGAAACCAUACCAGUGCAUUGUCUGCGAAAAGAAGUUUGCCCGCAGCGACCACCUGUCCAAACACCUCAAAGUCCACCGCUUUCCAAGAAGCAGCAGGACAGGGCGCUCUGCAAACUGACUCUUCUGACCCGACUCUGACAGACUGCCGCUGAGUGGGCACGCGUGUGUGUGUGUGUGUGUGUGUGUGUG